CGAUGGUUGUCGAUAGCCUGGCUGGUAUAAGGACUUCGCCCUUUAGAAUGACUGAAAUUGUAUGUCUGAAGUAGAAGGCUAGCCUAUGCAUUAAAAUAAAAUAUGUAAUAGAAAAAGAAACUGUCAACUGUCAUAAAUACAUACAUACAUGACUUGGGAAUGCGUUAGCUGUCAGCAAGUUCUACAAAAGCGAAGCUAGCACCGAUCAGACUUACUAUUUAACUUAAGUCCCGAUGUCGGAGUCGCCACAUGAGGAGCACCGAUUGUGCGGCCUGGGUAACCACACGCUGAGGUCCCCGUACCGCAUAAUCAGGAAUCCGCACCUGCUGAAGUUCGGCCAGCUGAUAAACUCGGAGCUCCGGUCGCAGCCACUGUGCCUCACAUGCUACACGCAACUGAUCAGGCUCUACAGGCUGAAGAACAACAAUGCGAAGAGACAUCUGGCAAAUAGACAGGCAGCUAGCGCUAUUCUCUCGAGCAGUAGCAGUCAGACAUCUAAUCAUGCGGCUAGCGUGUCCACCACGCAAUCCUCGGAGGACCAAAGACCAACCACCAGCGCGGCGGCGGCGGCCGCGGCGGCUCAAAGAGCGAGAAGCCAUUUGGUGGCAUCCAGUUCUUCCGAAGAUACACUUUUCUCCGAUGACUACGACGCCAACUCUAAUCUCAGUUUGAAUGCAGUUAAUGGCACACGACUACCGAAUGUCCAACCGAUUCCAAAAAGGCGCCAGUUUGUACAUCUAAACAAGGAAGCCAUGGACAUUUAUUUGGCUGGAACUACUGGGGGAUAAUACUUCGUUGCAUUUUGAAUAUUUUCAUAGGCAUGUUUAAAUUCGAUUGGAAAUAAAACUAAGUAU